UGAAGUGAGCUCUCCAGAGCAGCAGGAAGAAGGGGCUGUGCUAAACUGACACUGAUGAACGGGCUCUUAGCGAAUUGUCUGAAAUAACAAGUGGCUUAAACGUGCAAAGGUGAACUUGAGCUCUGCCGCAGGGACCUUUCCCUCUCUGUAUCCAGCUGCAGUGAUGUGGUUCUUGGAGAAGAUGAAAGCAUCACCUGGAAACAGCAACCCACUGAGUCCUUCCUUCCUGGGACUGCAGCCUGGUCAGAUGGUGCCAGAGAAAGCCCGGGUUGGGGCAGCUACUUUUUCCAACAUUUUAACCCCAGACAGGAUCCCAGAGUUCUGCAUCCCACCCAGACUGACCAUUUCCUCUCCGCAUGAUCGCUGCCUGGCAGAGCCCAGUCUACAUCCUCCUGGCACGGCCGAUUGUAGCCCCAGCCCAUUCUUGCCGCAUCUCAUCCAGAUAGAAAGUGCCGAGGAGAUUUCAGCCCUGGAGGAGGACUGCUCCAACUCAGACCCACAGUCACAGGCAGCGCUGUCCCUGCCCCACUUCCCCAAAGCCCAGACCUCCUAUGGCUUCUGCACCUUGCUGGAGAGUCCCCACACCAGGAGGAAGGAGUCCAUCUUCCACAAUGACCCAUGCAGCAGCUCUCUAUCCAGCUUGAUGCUGCCUCGAUCCAGAGCCAAUACCUACGCUGGCAGAGGGGCAGCUUCCAGCCCCAUUGCCAUUAGCUCUGCCUCUGCCAGAGUGCUUUCUAAGCAUCCGCUCCUGCACAGGCAAGGCGCUGGGGACAGUGAUACUACCUCUUCCACGGACUCGUCUCCUUUCAGCUCCCCACUGCUGAGUAGAUCUCCUCCCAGAUCCUGCCCAUUGUUCAAAGCUCGGAGCCAAGAGGGGCUGCUUGGCAGGGCACUGAGAGCAAGGAACAAAUCCAGCAUGGUAAGGAACAACUCCUUAUCGACAGAUGAGAGCAGCUCCAAUGAUAACAGCCCCAAUGCCACCAGGAGGUCUUCAGAGGGGCUAGUUGAGUCCUUCCGUACGCGGAGCUUUCACCUGUCCCAUUCCGCUAUUUUCCCACUAGACCUUACCUGUGGCCGAGAGAGGCUUGUUGGGGAGAGCACAGUGCUACUGGACAGAGGAGGAUUGUUGAGACUGUCAGCCGAGUAUUGUUCAGACAACAGAAGGCUGAGACUCCGUCUAAUCAGUGCAGAGGGUUUAUAUGAUGCAACUGUGGAGCCUAAAAGUAUAAACUGCUGCAUCACCUUCUCCCUUGUGCCAGGGAAAAUUCAGAAGCAGAGAAGCACUGUUAUUAAAAAAAGCAGAAACCCCAUCUUUAAUGAGGAUUUUUUCUUUGAUGGUAUUGCAGAAGAUGAUCUGUACAGCUUUUCGGUGAGGAUGAAAGCUACAAAUAAAGGGUGUAGCUUGAAAAGAGACAGUGUGUUAGGUGAAAGUGAACUGAGUUUAGUGAAUCUUUUAUCCAUCUAAAAUGCCAGGCAAGCAAGCAGAUAUUUAUUUUUGUAUUUUUAAAGUGUUUUUAAAUAAAUGAUUAUUUACAAAUUA